AUGUGCAUGUUCCUGAAGAACCCCAAUCAUCACAGCUGCAGAAGUCCGCAGAUCGGGGCGGAGCUCAACGUGGGCGGAGUCAAACGUUUGACUCCGCCCACGUUGAGCUCCGCCGAGCGGGAGCUAGGCAUUGAGGACUGUGCGUAUGACAGAGAAGGAGAAGAAGCAGAGGAGAAGAAGAGCGAAGUAGCUGGCAGGGCAGUGGAAAUGCUGCGCAUGUGUGAUGGCCUGGAUGAAGAGUAUAAAAGAAGACCUCAGUGA